AUGGAUUCUAUCUGUCAUUUCAGUCGACUUUGGACACAGCUGGGACCUGGACCCGCAAACUGGGUUGUGCCACGAAGCGGAAGGGACACCACAUUGGAUGGCACCCGAGGCCAUAAGGCAGAAGGGCCAGCGCCUGGCGUACGACACCAAAUGUGACAUCUGGUCGCUGGGGAUAACCGCCAUCGAAAUGGCUGAAGGAAAACCACCAUACACAGGGCAAUAUCCAGUUGAGGACCUGAUAAUUGAAGCCCAACCACCGAAGCUUCAAUCAAACACCUGGUCACAGCAUUUUGUGUCCUUCUUGGAGUCCUGUCUGAAAAAGGAUCCUUCGGAGAGAGCGAGUGCUCAAGAACUCCUGCAGCACCCAUUUGUCACCCAACUACCACCUAAGAAGAUCGUCAGGGCUGAGAUAGAAGAACAUCUCCGGACUCUGCAGAACUUGCCGGCCAAGAAAGGACUGAAGGGAGUUGCUCUCUCAAAGCUGCGGCGUGCUUGUGACUUCUGCACACAGACAUCGGCAGAACAAGAAGCAGCUCUGCAAAUGGCCCUGGAAGGCUUCUCCUGUUAUUGAUAUUGUGGCCAAUAACAUCAACAGCCCAGAAUCAGUUUCCUAAAUCACAGCCAAGGAAAAAGAAACAUCCACAGGGUAAGGUCCCAUCUCCAU